AUGGCCAACAUGUACAACGACAGCAUUCACUGGGAGGCGAGAGUUUUACCAGCAGGUCCACCACGUCUGCUGGGAUGGAACGUCCCUGCCGAAGAGCUGGUCCAUAUUCCAGAGCAUUGGCUGGUCUAUCCUGAGCCGAACCCCUCCCUUCACUAUCUGCUAGGUCUCUUAUACGUACUCUUCACCUUCAUAGCGCUCCUUGGCAAUGGUUUAGUCAUAUGGAUUUUUUGCGCUGCUAAGUCCUUGAGGACACCAUCGAACAUGUUCGUUGUGAAUCUGGCUAUCUGUGAUUUCUUCAUGAUGAUCAAAACGCCAAUUUUCAUUUAUAAUUCUUUUAACACUGGCUUUGCACUGGGAAAUCUAGGUUGUCAAAUAUUUGCUUUCAUCGGCUCCCUUUCAGGAAUCGGUGCAUCCAUCACGAAUGCGGCUAUAGCGUAUGACAGAUACAGUACCAUAGCAAGACCACUGGAUGGAAAACUUUCACGGGGCCAAGUAAUGCUGUUCAUCAUUUUAAUCUGGUCAUAUGUAUUGCCUUGGGGUUUGAUGCCUCUGAUGGGUGUCUGGGGUAGAUUCGUGCCGGAAGGAUUUUUAACCAGCUGCUCCUUUGAUUAUCUUACCGACAGUUCUGAAACGCGUUACUUCGUUGCAACCAUAUUUACGUUCUCUUAUGUUAUACCGAUGUCGUUGAUUAUUUUUUAUUAUUGUCAAAUAGUCAGUCAUGUGGUGAACCAUGAGAAGGCUUUGCGAGAACAGGCCAAGAAGAUGAACGUCGAGAGUCUGCGAAGUAAUGCGAAUAGCAAUGCUCAAAGUGCCGAAAUACGAAUUGCAAAGGCUGCAAUUACUAUCUGCUUCCUGUUUGUUGCCGCCUGGACGCCUUACGGUGUACUUUCUUUAAUCGGAGCCUUUGGAAAUAAAGCACUCUUGACUCCUGGAGUAACAAUGAUACCUGCUUGUGCUUGCAAAGCUGUUGCCUGUUUGGAUCCUUAUGUCUAUGCCAUCAGUCAUCCAAGAUACAGGCUGGAGUUGCAGAAACGUCUACCCUGGUUAGAGUUGCAGGAAAAGCCACCUGCCGAUAAUGUCAGUACUACUACCGAAUCUGUGAAUGCUCCAGCUGCGGCUGCAAGCUAGUUCUCAUUUGUCGAACAGACAUUUUUUAACAGAAAAUAUCAGCGUGAAUUGAGAAACCAGGCCAUAUAAAGUAUCCAUUGUAAUUAAGUCCCUGUGUAAACAGUGUAUUAUUGUAAUAUCACACAACUGCAAUAAAGAUAAAUCCUUGGCAAUUA